CCUGUUUCUCCACGAUGACUAUACCAGUUCAUCUAAUGUUUCCUCUCUCUUUCCUCCUCCUUCUCAGAACAUUUCUUCACCCCGAGAAAAGAUGGCGGAAGCGUGGGCGGGCUCCGGGAAGGUGACUCUGUUCCGCCAGGAAGUGCCCGGGGGCGUCACCUACCGAAUUCCCGCCCUGCUGUUCCUACCCGACAAAUCCGUUUUCCUGGCCUUUGCGGAAAAACGUUCCUCGCCCAAGGACGAACAUGCCAUGCACCUGGUGAUGAGACGAGGGCAGAAGGAAGGGACCUCCGUCCAGUGGGGCCCACAAGAGUCUCUGACGACUGCCAUUUUGCCUGACCGCCGCACCAUGAACCCUUGCCCGGUGUACGAGAAGAGAAGCGGCAGAGUUUUCCUGUUCUUUAUCUGCGUCCAGGGACACGUCACGGAAUGGCACCAGCUCAAGUCGGGGAGGAACGCCGCCAGGCUUUCCUACGUCUCCAGCCAAGAUGGCGGCCGCCGCUGGAGCCAGUUGACUGAUUUGACCCAUGAGGUGAUCGGAGCUGACUUGAGAAACUGGGCCACUUUUGCUGUCGGGCCUGGCCACGGGUUGCAGAUGAGCUCUGGGCGGUUGUUGGUUCCCGCCUAUGCCUACUACAGCCACUGGAAUUGCUUCACCCACUGCGCUGCUUGCUGCACAAGGCCACAUUCGUUUAUUUUCUACAGUGACGACCACGGGCAGAACUGGGCACGGGGCCAGCUCCUGAGGAGCUUGCAGACCAUAGAAUGCCAGGUUGCUGAGGUGACUCGCCAAGACAACGGCUGUGUGUUGUACUGCAAUGCCCGCAGUCCAGACAAGUAUAGAGUUGAAGCCUUUAGUAUGGACUAUGGAGGCCAUUUUGGGGAAUACUUUCUGUGCAAGGACUUGCCGGAGACAGGAAAUGGCUGCCAGGGCAGUGUGGUGAGCUUCACCCCUUUGCGGAAGCCCUUGGAGCUAGGCCGAAGAGAUAAUAUUGCUGCAUCGGCUCACUUUCUGGGUGGCCAUCACUCAAACGCUCUCGAGACCACUAGGUCCUGGAUGGUUUUUUCCCACCCCACAAAUAGACGCAAGCGAGUCAACCUGGGCAUCUACCUCAACACCACUCCGCUGGUGAAGAGCAGCUGGCGGGGCCCCUGGGUGCUGUACGAGGGGCCCUGCGGCUACUCGGACCUGGUGGUGUGCGAGGAGGGCCAGGCACUGCUCUUUGGCUGCUUGUUUGAAUGCGGAGCGUCCAGUGAAUGUGAGGAGAUUGCCUUCCAACUCUUCACCGACGUGGAGCUCCUGAGGAACGUGAGGGAAGGCUGAUCUUGAGGCCCUUUUCCCUCAGAGGUGUGAAGCUGCCCUAAACAAGUCUGGGAUAUUUAGGCCCCUAGAAACCCCCAGAAACCGAAAAUGAGAUUCUUUUUUGUUUUUCCUGCCAAACUUCGCUCAACCAUUGGCUUUGAGGGCUGAGAUUAAGUCUUCAAAAAAUGGCCACCGCUCAACCGCCAGGCCCUCCUGUACAGAGCACAAGGGAAUUGCUUCCUGCCACAUCUUUAAGCUGAUGAUGAUAAAGGUGUUUCCUGCGAUUCAAGGAUCCCGCAACAGACUUGGCCUAAAGCCUGAACUGUGUUUCUGGCACACAUUUCAUCCUGUGCCACUUUCUUCCUCAGUAUUUUCGAGAGUCAGUUUUCUAAAUCUGAGGAGGAAAAGCUUGACGUUGACUGAAAAAAGGCCAGGGGAUAGGCUUUCUUCAGUCCCUGUUCUGCGGUGUUUUAUCUUUCUCCUUGCAUCAUAACAUGUUUCCUACAGUGCUGGUGUUUCGUUGGCUCCUAAAUGUUUUAAAUCAGUGAAAUAAAUUCUCAUUAGCCACCUUUCUUCUUA